AUGUCCACCGCCGUUGAAUUCCGCAAACAUCCCGUCUCUCCCGCCCCGGGCUCUGACAGCGAGUUUAUGAGCAGCGAUGGCCAAGAGCACCCCAAGCCCGUCUCUCUCCUCAGCUCAAUGAUGGCUGGGCAGACAUCGCCACGGCGCAAGCUUCCCUUCAGUGGCUACACGUCCGGUCCAUCGGCGCCGUCAACCGCGCCAUCGACCGCGGUCUCAAGCCCACGGCCACAGGAAGAACCCGUCUCAAUUCUCCGACGAAGCAGUGUGGGUUCGGACGGCGAGCCGUUCUUUCUCCCCUUGGCCCGUGUGUUGCCCACCUCACCCGAGAAGCCAGAACUUAAACAACCUCGUCCCAGCGCCCUCAAGUUCGCGGUAACCAGUCGCCCAACUGAGUUCGAGCGCCAACCCGUGGCCACAGUGCCGCAGCACGACGAUGAGGAAGAUCGAGGGACAGCCACAGACAAGGGCUAUGAGGAAGACUCGGAAGACGGCUUCUCGUCGGACGACGAACCUUCCUUCAUGAUGCAGGCACACCACAAGAUGGCACUUGCACGCGCUCGGGAAGCACAGCUCGCCGCAGCACGACCGUCUUCGACCUCCCCGCCUCCCCGUUCCGCCGCUCUUCCUCCACGUCGCGGACGUGGACAUGUACGCGUUGAUCCGGCCGUCACUGCAGAUGACAGCGGACGCUGCAGCCGUCAUUACAGCCCGCCUCCAGACACUCGGACGCGCUCUGCACCCCCUGGCCCGCGUGACGGGAGGGCGGGGAGCCCAGUGCCAGAACGCAUGGACGUUGACGACGAUGAUGAUGACGAUGAUGAUGAUGAUGAUGGUGAUGAUGAUGACGAGGAAGAGCAAGAGGAGAACGUGAAGAACGAUAGCCGCAACAGUGGUGAUGUUGCCCUCGGGAACGAUGUUGUCGCCGACCAUGCCUCAAGUCCUAUCUUUUCAACAUCAACUGAGCCAUCGGCGGCCAUGGCUUCAUCAAUUGGCUCAGGCAUGCGCAACAUGCUGCGCCGCGCGUCUGAACACCUACCGUCGUUCCGUCGCCCAUCAUUCACCGCCCCCAUCCUGGAAGAGUCAGUCGCGCUCGACGAUGACGAUGUGUCCACCGACAAUGGCCGCGUGUUGCUGUCAAGGGCACAUUCACUGGGGGCGAGAACGAAGCCGGCCGCCAUGAGCGUGUCACAGGACAAUGUCACCAGCAUCCCUAGCCGUCCGAUUGCUUGCCCUACCACGCCCCGCACUACGCCACGUACAUGA